GUACAGUUCCUUCUUGUUAUGUGCUAGAGUUCCUCAUUGGCUAGAUGAUGACGGGUUGGAACCAACAGGUGCGAGCUUAGGUUCUCAGUGGACCAGUAAUUUCGACGCCCGCCGUAUUUGGCCAUCUGUUUCAUAUCGGUUUAGCCCGGUUCGAGGUGUUAUCAUGGAUGUUUUAGACAAGACAAAGGGACUUGGACUACUACUGUUCUUGAUUCUGGUGGAUCCAAGUGUUGUCGCUCCUCAGUCACGGAUGGAAUGGCUAGACGAAGAUCCUAUCGAGGCGGACUAUGAGGUUGUGUACCCCAAAGUACAUCGUCUCAACCGUGACCGAAGGAGCUUAGAUAAGGCAGAAGUACUGAUGACCCUGCGUAAAAACAACACUAUCCUAUACAUCCAGUUGUACCCAAAUACUGACCUGACCAAUUCAAACCUAACAGUUUCUAUCAUGCGAGAGGAUGGGACGUCACAAUCCUUUCAACCAAUUGUGUUAUCGUCAGAUGAACCUUGUUUGUUCACGGGCCGCAUUAUUAACGAUAAGGGGGGGAAGGUAGCUCUGUCAACCUGUGAUGAUGAGGGAAAAAUGUAUGGUGUCGUGUCUACGCCAGAUGGCGCCUAUAUUUUACAGCCAGUGUCAGAGAAAGUUCGAAGAUCAGUGGACUCUAACGACAACGUUUAUCCACAUGCUCUCAUCAGACACAGCAACGAAGAUAGUUUUUGCGGACUUGAUGGAAUCG